UGUGUAACUGAGUUUGUAGCUGAACUUAAUGCCGAUAGAAAGCCCAAAGUAAAAAAAAAAAAAAAAUUUUUUUCAACUACUUCUUUAAAGCCAUGACUGAGUCAAUAAUAAAGCGUAGAAAAAUGCGCCCUAAUAACAUAAUUACCUUAGAGAAGGAACGAAAGAAGAAAGACAAACAACCGAAACUUUCUGAAGAAACGACAACACAACCUGCCAAAAAACACAAGUCUAAAAAAAAGAAGAAAAAGAAACAAAAGAUGUCUGCUUUGGAUAGUGACGAGACAGAUAAUGAAAAGACAAGAGAGAUGUCUGCUUCGGAUAGUGAUGAAACGGAUAAUGAACGAACAAAAAAGAAACGCACCAUACCCGAAUCUAUUUUGGAUAAAGAACAUAUGAGAAAGAAGCAUAAAUCAAAUACAACUGUUGUUGCCCAUCAAUCUGAUUCUGAUUCUGACGAAACAGAUAAAGAACAACCAGUGCCAUCUUUUGUUGAAAAAGGUAGUGUAGAACCUUGUGCCGAAAGAAAAGGAAAAUCAAAGAAAAAUCAAAAGAGUGAAAAGAGAAGCGAAAAGAAAGACAAAUCCACAGAAACAGAGCUUAGAAUCGAAACAACAAACCAGCAACCAGAAAAAAGCGCAAAAUCUAAAAUAAUAGAAGCCAAUCGCAUCUCAUCCAGAAGAAGAGUGAAAUGUGAUCCUGAAAAACCACCUCAGGUCAAUUACAGAAACAAGUUACUGGAUACUUUUGUGCCUGAAGUCAAAGAAGAUGAUUUUAUUUCUGAUUCAGACUCUGAAACUGAUUCAAAUGACGACUACGAAACAAAAGAGUAUCCACCAUGGCAAAGAACAUUGGGUUGGAAUCCUACACCUGAAGAAACACCUUGGCCUAAACAGAGAAGGCUGGGUUAUUCUGAUAAAGUGAAAUUAGAAAAGAGGAUCAAAAAGAUAUGUAAGCGUGAGAAUAUGACAUUCUCUCAAGCAAGAGAAAUCUUUUCAAGCAGCAAUCGAAAGCCUCAUAUUCGAUUCUUUCAGAAGAUUGGCAAAGUGUUCCCCAACAUGUCACUUCAUAUAUUGGCCAAGAUCUGUAAAGAAACAUAUCAUGAGAAGAGAAACAUUCAACCAUGGACACCAGAAGAAGCUGAAAAACUAAAAGAAUUACUCAAGAUUCAUGGCUGUCAUACGGCUAUCUUGUGCCAAUAUCUUAAUCGCUCACCCAAGAAUAUCACAGACUUCAUUUUUCAGAUGCGCAAUGUGCCUACAAACAAGGCUAAGCGAUGGACAAAAGAAGAAGAUCAGACAUUAGCAAGUGCAUUAGCAGCAGAGACAGCCAAAAAGGGUUCAAGAGUUUCUUUUCCUUUACUUGUACCUUACUUUAAUGGAGAAAGAACACAGAAACAAAUCUACCAACGAUAUAAUCUUAUUCAACACAGAAUUCGACCUGAUGGUACCUUAGUGGAAGACAGACGAGCUACACCUUAUGAAGAAUUGGAAUAUUUAGAAGACCUUUUAAAUCAAGUGAUAGAAUACAACCUGAUUGAGGAAUCACAAUUGGAUCUUUCUAGAGGAAAAGGCUAUGUGAAACGUUCAUUCUACUUGAAAAAUAGAGCGAAUAUUCCAGGAUUUGAAAAGAUGCAUGUAAAAGAACUCCUUCAAGUUCUUAUUGACAAACAACACAAAAUAAUUGAAUCUCGAAUUCAAGAAGGAUUAUUACCACCUCGAGAAGAAGAAUAAAAAAAAAAAACUUUUCUUUUUCUCUGUA